AAUUGGGUGUCAAGUUUUUAUUUGUGUGCGUGCAUCAACAGAUGUUGUGUUGUUUAAUCAAACAACCUACACAAAUGUUGUCACUGUGUGGAAAAAUACUUGAUAAUAAUUAUAGAUUAUUACAUUUAUCAGGAUAAAAAACAUAUAAACAGCUGCUAGAAAUCUGUUGAAAUGGCUUUUAAGCGAAACUUUCGAUUUCGUCUGUUUGGCCGUAGUUAUCUCAUUAAUUUCAGUCGCAGCUAUUGAUUGGAGCUAUCUGUCCGCACCUAUAUUCGGAUAAAACAUAUAAGAUAGGUUUCUUUGGACGAUUUGAUUCACGUGCGGACAACGCUUAGUAAGAUAUCAAUAGAAUCUUAAAAUGACUUGGGGAUUCUUACAUUAGUUUUUUAGGUGAAAAACAGAGAAUGAGUUACAACUGUUACAGUUAACACUGGUUGUAUCUAUUCAUCUAACUAAAUACCCAUUUUAAUAGUAAUUUAAAAGUGACCACCUUCUUCAAGACAUGGUAUUAACAUGAUUAUUUACAUACGUACCAAAGGCUGAUGGCAGUACAGUACUUUUAAAUUUGGCCUUAUAUCCUGACGAAGAUCAGCAGUUUAUACAAUUUCAUUUAAUUUAAAAACUGUGUGAAAACCUUAUUUAGUAUUCAAAAGUAGGUGGAUGCUUUCCAGCGCAUCGUUAAUUGCGUCUAUAAGUUCCUACUUCCAAAGAGUGCAAGAUUGUAUGGCCCUGAAAGGAAUCUAAAAUGCAGAGGCUCACAAUGAUUUAUGUCGUAAAUAUAAUAUUGUUGAAUGGUGAUCGUGUACUUACAAGUGACGUAGAAACACCGAAAAAUAUCCUGUUUAUUUUGAUUGACGAUUUGCGCCAUCUCUCGGACAAAAAAGUUUAUUUGCCUAACAUCAACUUCUUAGGAAAAACUGGUGCUACCUUUAAUAAUGCGUUCGCUCAACAAGCCUUAUGUGCGCCCAGUCGUAAUUCCCUUCUAACAGGUCGUAGGCCCGACUCGCUUCGCUUGUACGACUUCUACAGCUACUGGCGCGAUCGCAGUAACGGACAAGGGAAUUUCACAACCAUACCACAGUUCUUCAAAGAGCAUGGAUACGAUACUUACUCCGUGGGAAAAGUGUUCCAUCCUGGAAAAAGUUCGAACUUCACAGACGAUUACCCGUACAGCUGGUCGGAGUAUCCGUAUCAUCCCCCGACAGAAAUGUACAAAGACGCUAAAGUGUGUCGAAAUAAAAAAACGAAAAAACUAGAGAGAAAUCUAAUUUGUCCAGUUUCUGUUAAAAGACAACCAGGACAAUCUCUACCAGACUUGCAGUCGUUGGAUUACGCUAUUGAUUUCCUGAAAAAGAGAAACGGGAGUAAGCCGUUUUUCUUAGCAAUCGGAUUUCACAAGCCGCAUAUACCAUUGAAGUUUCCAAAGGAAUAUUUAAAACAAAUGCCAAUUAGCAAAGUGCAUAGACCUAAAGAACCGAACAUUCCCAAGGACAUGCCUUUGGUGUCCUGGCACCCGUGGACGGACGUACGGAAACGCGAUGACAUUCGCCGCUUAAACAUCACAUUUCCUUUCGGCGUGAUGCCCACUAAAUGGACGUUGAAGAUACGGCAGAGUUACUACGCGGCGGCUUUGUACAUUGACGAAUUGAUUGGGAUCCUGUUAAGCUAUGUGGACAUGCAGAAAACUAUAAUUGUACUGACAAGUGAUCAUGGUUGGUCACUCGGCGAAAACGGACUUUGGGCAAAAUACAGUAACUUCGAUUACGCUCUUAAAGUUCCAUUAAUAUUCAAAUCUCCCAAACUGAUUCCAACUGUUGUCCAUGAACCAGUCGAAUUAAUAGACAUUUUCCCGACCCUGGUUGAUCUUACCAAAUUAUCUGACGAAAUACCCAAAUGUCUGAACCACAAAGACACGUCACAGCUUUGUUUCGAAGGAAAAAGUUUAGUUCCUUUCAUUGAAAAUAAUAGUAAUGGACUUGAAGCUUUUGCAAUAAGUCAGUGCCCGCGACCGAGUGUGUAUCCGCAGAAAAAUUCGGACAAACCACGUUUGAAGGACAUCACUAUUAUGGGUUACAGCAUCAGAACGAAAAGAUACAGAUACACAGAAUGGAUAUCGUUUAAUAACACGCUCUUUACAAAAAAUUGGAACAAUAAUUAUGGCAUAGAACUGUACGAUCACAUUAUUGAUCCAAUCGAAUCUAAAAACUUAUUUUUGGUCUCAAAAUACAAAAAUAUUGCAAAGGUCUUAUCUAUACGAUUAAGAUCUAGUGUUUAUGUCAUUGUUUAAAUUAUAUUAUAUAAAUAAUACUUUUAAGUUGCUAAUACAUAUAUUUUAAACAAUCCCAAAUAAUACAAAAACGCUCAUGAACAAAUUUUCCCUGGUAAAAAUCCGAUACCUAGUGUCGAGUGAAGCGAACAGAAAAAAAUAUUAUCCUCUCAAUAAUACAAACAAUCGCUAAAACAGUAUUUUCAUAAAUAUUAUACCAUUAUGUAUAUAUUUAACCAGAUGACUAGAUAAAUACUCUUUUUUUAAAAGAUAAUUACCCAAUUUCUGUUCAAUUAAAAAUAUUAUACAAAUAUUUUCUGGACAACAUUCUAGUAUUUAAAUUCUGAAAUGGUCACACAUAAAAAACAUUACAUAAUAUUCAAAUUACCUAACUUAAAGAAUAUAAUUAUUAUAAAAAUUCAAAAGAUUCAGGCUAAAUCGAAUAAGGAACCGUAUUCUUAAAUGAAAAUAAUUUCAUCCAACAUCUAAUAAAUUCUCUUUGGUCUGUGUACUCAUUUCACUGUUUUUAAGCAGGUUUGAAGAAACAAAUCUAUAGACCAGUGAUUCUCAACCACUGUGCCGCGGCACUUUUGUGUGCCGCCAAAUUUCAAAAGUGUGCCGCCAAAUUUUGCAAAUAUGUAAUAAUGUUAAUAUUAUUAAAUUAUAUCAUUUAAAAAGAAAAAUAUUUUUAACAUGAAUAUAUAUUUAAAUCCACAAAAAAAUUAAUUAUUUUAUUAUUUGCUUUGCAACGCGGUUUUUCUUAGUGCCAAAUUAUGAAGAAGCGGCGUGCAUAGCAAUAGGAAUAUGUCUCAAUUCGGCGCACACUUGCCAUUUCUGCGUACAAAACGUGUUGUUUUAGUGAUAGUUGGGAUUCACAAGGUGUUGCAUAGUAGUUACUGCACAUUUUCUUUCGUUAAAAUCGGCAAAUGUAUGUGAUUCGGUAGUAAGUAAAUAACUUUUAUCUUUUUCUUUGUGUGCCGCCAAAUUUUGAAAUCGUUAAAUAUGUGCCGCAACAAAAAAAAGGUUCAGAAUCACUGCUAUAGACACAUUAUGCUCUCGUGUAUAGAUAAUAUGCUUAAUAUUAUAGACAAUAUACAUAAUACACUAAAUAUUCUCUCGUCUGAAAGAAACAAUCUGACAUUGAGACAGCUACACUAAUAUUUAGCUAUCUGACAAAAAUCAGACAUAUUUUCAGUAUGUAUAUAUUUCGGAUGCUAUUGGAUUACGACCUAUUGCGACAUCGCGUCAGUCAGAUAAAAAAAACAAAACUGGUAUAAAAAAUAUAGGAGCAAAUAAGAACCUACCCUACCCACUUACUUUCUAUAUAUUAUUUAUAUAUAUACAUAUAUAUUUCUAUAAGCCUAUCUAUCUAUUCCUAUAAGGCUUCAUAGCACAAGACUAAGUGUAAGUAAGUGUACACAUCUAGGUAGAUAUUGAGACGGAUUUUUUAAAAAAACGUCUCAUUCCUCUACACUAUUUCUAACUUAUUUUUCAGGGAGACUUCUUGGUUGUAUAGUGUUUAAGAAUAACAUAUACAUAUUAACUAAAUAAAAUUUUGAAAAAUUGAUAAUUCUUAGUCGUUGUCGGACGAUAGUGUCAGACUCAAUUUGUCACGCGUAGGACGACACAUUGACGGUGUAAAUAUAAUUUGUAAAUAAAAUUUCUCAACAUUUAACUAAUAACGGAAUGUAUUAGGACACAAAAAAAAAGGAUAUACCUAAAUAAAUUUAUACUAAGCUCUGUUUUUCUUCAGGCACUGGCGUCUUUGAUUUAACUUCCAUCUCCAACUGCUUGAAUCUUGCGUAUAAAGCUGAACUGGCUAGUACUAUUAAAUUGGACGUCCACCAAAGCGCAUUUUUACUUUCGUUGUACCACUGCGUCGCGAUCACCGUUUGCGCACAAGCCUUUGCUGUGCCAGAUAUAUUGUGUGUCAGAGGUGAUGUUACCUAACAAUGAGACAACAGAAAAUUAAAACCUGAUUCGUGAUACUUAUCAUAUAUUAUGUUAUAGAUAUUAUACAUAUCGAUGGGGAAAAAAAAAGCGGAAAUGUCGUAACUUGCAUUUUGGGCUAAAUCUCUUUGUACCAUAUUAUUAUAUUAUAUACUAGCUGACCCGGCAGACUUCGUAGUUCCUCAACCGAUAAAUAAAAGUCCUAAGCUUUUGUAUAAAACAAACUUAAAACAAACAAAAGGAAUCCGUCCGACGGGGGACACAUCAAAGGAAAAACAAAAUUGUUAUUUUUAUUUAUUUCCGAGCAUUUUCAUAUUUAUCUACCUUUUAAGCCUUUCCUGGACUGCCACAAAUAAUUCAAGACUAAAAUUAGCUAAAUCGGUCCAGCCGUUCUCGUGUUUUAACGAAACUAACGAACAGCAAUUCAUAUAUAGAUAGAUAAGGCUCUUAAAGUAGUGUUUUUUAAGUUACGGCAAUUUCGCUUUCUUCUGUCGAUAUACACAAAUGUAGAUGUGUGUGCGUGUGCGUGUGUGUAAACCAUAUUCACACAUUCAUCAAAGAACUUCUGGGGAGAGAAUCGUGUAUUAAUAAUGUAUACAAGAUAAAUCGUUGGAGCUUAUAUGUACAACAACUGGGAUCCUAUUUUCGUGAAGAUGAAAAUCCUGUCAUGCCCGGAUCACUAUUAGUUCUUUCCAUGUGUAAAUAAACGUAAAAUGUUAAUAAAUAUUUUCUUUAUAUAA